CUUAGCCUUUGCGGCCUCGUGGACGAGCGCUAUGCGGUCCGACGCUGAAAGGCCGACUCCAUCAACAUAGACAAGCGCCAAAUCUCCCCGACGCGACGACGCCCGGACAUCUGAUAGGAAGAGUCCCGUUCAGCCGAAGCGUUGCUGGCAGCCAUGUGGAGUGUCCUGCAACUUUCUAUGGCGUAACAAUAGGCCUUUACCCCGGGCUGUACGGAUUGCUCGGGAGUUGGGUUCGGGGCUCUGAGGUAGGCCGGGCGUAGGGCUUGCCCGCACCUUGGAUACAUGAACAUAGAUCAGUGAUCGCUUGUCGCCACUCCCAACCAGGGCACCCAAGAACGCGAAUCUAUCUAUACAGUGACAGCAUUCUGGAUAUCCAUCCCAGCGCCUCGAACAAGCUAUUUGAGCGCAAGUGCCUCCGUCCGUACUUCCCUGGCCCGGUCGCCUGUUUCUCCUCUUUCCCACUUCUCUCUCCAUCUUUUCUCCCCAUUUUUUUUCGGGUCCUCAAUCCAUUGCCUGAUUCCAUGGCUUCCAACUACGUUCCAGAGCCUAUUCAACGCUGGUCCGCUGGUACCGAGUCCGAAUCUAGUAUCGGAGAGAAGUUCGGAGACAAAGACGUCGAAUCUGGGCGACAAGCCCGGGCUUUCCCGAUUCGGGUCCUUGCAUGGCCCAUCAUCGUUAUCGUGAUGCAGUUCACGUUGCUGAUGCUCACAGUGGGGCUUUUUGAGCAUGUGCGCGCGCGCGGGCAGGUUCCGCUCCCCUUCGCCACCGCUGUCUUCUUCCGCGACGAGCAUCAGGUCGCGACAUACGUCGUCACAUUCCUUUCUACAAUCCUGUCUACCUUUUCUGGAUUUCUGCUCUCCCAGGCAAUCCGUGUGGCCAUGGUCGUACACCUCUCGCAUCAGCCGAUCCAGAUCUCCGCUCUCCAGUCUAUGAUUAAGCUGGCCGGAAAAUCCCUGAUUAUGAACGGGCGAGAUCUGCGCUGGACGGCCUGCGCUACAAUCGUAUUCCUCGCAGCCAUGGAGCAAACGGCCAGCUGGAACACGCUCUUCACGCCCACUACUAUCACGUUCGACGUCCCGAUGGUCGGCGCGGAAGUCGAUAUUGCGAAUCCCUCGCUGCUGGCACAGUUCAACAAUCUGUACCUGAAUGAAAUCAGGGGCACUCUGAACACGACGGUGACUGCGGUUACCAACACCGCGGGGACCACCAACGCGCUUUCGGCCACGGGCUACUCAACCAUCUUCAACUUUGAGAGCGAGGCAUACGACGCAACCACGGGCGGUAUCCUGCCCGUCAACAUGGUUUUCGAUGCCCCGGCUGGGAGUCCACCUCCAGUCAGUAUCUACCCGCAAUACUUCAACACGCGGAACACCGAGGCGCUCCCACCCCUUGUGACGGACCUCAAUGUCACGAUGGUCCAGCAGGGCCUAACCGCCGCUGUGUCCUGCGCCGCGCAGAACCUCAACGCGCAGACCGAUCCGUCUGUGACACCGCGGCAAGCGCCGGCGCAGGUGACGAUCGCAGGCGUGAGCAGCACCGGCCUGACGAGUUAUGAGAUGGAUACUUUCUGUCAGGGGAACCCGUUGAAUCAAGCCAAGCUGUCGUUCACGGGGAAUGUCUUGAUCAUCGCGGGGUGCCAAAGACCUAACUCGACCACUGAUUAUACGAUCGUGAUCUAUCCCUUUGGGAUUUAUCGAGACAUGGGCUCCAUCGUGUGCCGCGUUUCUCCGCAGAUCGUGAAUGUCACCACGACCUACACCCCACGCCUGAUCUCUACCGUCUUCAACAACAGCGCGACGCCCAUCCCCAUCAACGGCGACGUCACAUUCGCGGUGCUGGAUAUGCUGACGCAGGUCAUUGGGCUAGGGCAGAGCGAGACCAGCAAUGUCAUCGGGGACGCCAUCAUGAACAUAUUCAGUGAUCAGGUCUACGGGGACCUUCAGUACACUGAUCUCUGGGAACAAUACUUUCUCGGCGCGCUCGGAUUCAUUUCCACGGCCAUCAAAACCCAACUCGCCGUCCCCAAGACCGGCGUGUUUGCGCCAAACGGCCUCCCCGAGUCGAUGUCCAAAGCAAUCCGCGGGACAGCGACGGUCGCGACCAUCGGGUGGCAGUACACCGUUGAGGGCGGGCUCCUGCUCAUCCCCAGCAUAUUCAUCGCGCUGCUCUCCAUCGCGGUGGCGUCCUAUGCGAUCUUCGAGGCGCUGCGUGUGCGCGUCGAGACGCGGGCCGCGUUCGAUCCGUGCGAUCCCAUCGCGCUGAUGGCGGCUGCGUCGGCGGGCGGCAUGGAACAUGCGUUUACUGGACUGGGUGCGGAGGAGGUCGAGGCUGGGAAGGAAAAGCGGAUCCGGUUGGGCAGGACCCGUUCCGGGAGAGAGGGGCUUGUAGAGAGUAUGGACUGAAGAGAUAGGGCCACCAACUCGUUUUUUUUGUUUACAUUCAGGAGGGCCCAGUUGAUUUCCUAGGUUGUCAGUAUCGCUUAAUUGCAACAGAUCCGCGAUUUUGAUGUAGCAACGGACGCGCCGGACAGAGUUCACGUGC